AUGAGUAAUUCAAUUGAUGAAAAAGAAAGUGAAAAAUCUAAAUCUUCAUCAUCAACCAAUUCGCUAACAUGUCAAAAAUCAAAUACUCCAGUUGUUAAUGAACAUGAGAAGAAAAAACAAGCAUUUAUAACAAGAACUAUUUGGACCUUUGUUAUGAUAUCAGGAUUCUUCCUUACUUUAGCUUCUGGUCAUUUAGCAUUAAUUAUAAUGGUUUUAAUUUUUCAAUUAUUAACUUUUAAAGAAAUUAUUUCAUUAACUUCAGAACCAGCAAGAGAUAAAAAAAUUCCUUAUAAUAGAUCUUUAAAUUGGUAUUUUUUAGUUACAACUUGGUAUUAUUUAGAUUUUCCAUCUUUAGUUGAAUUUUGGCAAGAUUUUAUUUAUUCAAAUAAAUUUUUAACUGUUUUAGUAGUAAAUCAUAAAUUUAUAAGUUAUACUUUAUAUAUUAGUGGAUUUGUAUUUUUUGUUUGGACUUUAAAAAAAGGUUAUUAUAAGUUUCAAUUUGCUCAAUUGUGUAUAACUCAUAUGACUUUAUUACUUGUUGUAUUUCAAGCUCAUUUGAUUAUUGAUAAUAUUUUAAAUGGUAUAAUAUGGUUUUUCCUUCCUGCUUCUUUAGUCAUUGUUAAUGAUAUUUUUGCUUAUUUAUGUGGUAUUACAUUUGGUAAAACUCCGUUAUUAGAAGUAUCUCCAAAAAAAACUGUUGAAGGUUUUGUUGGAGCUUGGAUUUGUACUGGAUUUGCUUCAUUAAUUGCAACUUAUAUUUUAUCAAAAUCUGAUUUCUUAAUUUGUCGUGCUCAAAAUUUAUCAACUCAUUUAUAUAAUUAUCAAACUUGUGUACCAAAUCCUGUUUUUCAAGAUCAAAUAUUUGAAGUUCCAACAAUUUUAUCAAAUUUUAUAAGUUUAGAUCAAAUUAUAAUAAAACCAAUUUAUUUUCAUACUGCUGUUUUAGCUACUUUUACAUCAUUAAUUGCUCCAUUUGGUGGUUUUUUUGCAAGUGGUUUAAAAAGAGCUUUCGGUAUAAAAGAUUUUGGUGAUACAAUUCCUGGUCAUGGUGGUAUUACUGAUAGAUUGGAUUGUCAAUUUUUAAUGGGUUCUUUUACUUAUGCUUAUUAUCAAACUUUUAUCAGUAAUCAUAAUAUAAAUCUUGGUAAAAUUUUACAAAUGUCAAUUAUGAAUUUAACUGUACCACAAUUAUUACAAUUAGUUAAAAGUAUUUUAAGAUAUUUAAAUAAUGAAAAAAUAAUAGAAUCUCAUAAAUUAGAAUUGGUUUUUGAGAUUUUAGAAAUUAAUUAA